GGCCUCUGCGGGCGGCGGCGGCGGCGGCGGCGGGGCGGGGGCGGGCGACGCGGGCGCGGAAUGAAGCCCCGCGGCCCUGGGGGCUGAGGUCCCCGCCGCCGCCUGGCGCGGCCCGCGCGUCCUCAUGGAGGCCGGAGAGGAACCGCUGCUGCUGGCUGAACUCAAGCCUGGGCGUCCCCAUCAGUUUGACUGGAAGUCAAGCUGUGAGACCUGGAGUGUGGCCUUCUCCCCAGAUGGUUCCUGGUUCGCCUGGUCUCAAGGACACUGCGUGGUCAAGCUGGUCCCCUGGCCAUUAGAAGAACAGUUCAUCCCUAAAGGAUUCGAAGCCAAAAGCCGGAGCAGCAAAAAUGAUUCAAAAGGACGAGGCAGCUUGAAGGAGAAGACACUGGACUGUGGUCAGAUUGUGUGGGGGUUGGCCUUCAGCCCGUGGCCCUCCCCACCCAGCAGGAAACUCUGGGCACGCCACCAUUCUCAGGUGCCAGAUGUCUCUUGCCUGAUCCUGGCCACAGGCCUCAACGAUGGACAGAUCAAGAUUUGGGAGGUGCAGACAGGGCUCCUGCUUCUGAAUCUUUCUGGCCACCAAGACGUCGUGAGAGAUCUGAGCUUUACACCCAGUGGAAGUUUGAUUUUGGUCUCUGCAUCCCGGGAUAAGACCCUUCGAAUCUGGGACCUAAACAAACAUGGUAAGCAGAUCCAGGUGUUAUCUGGCCACCUGCAGUGGGUUUACUGCUGCUCCAUCUCCCCAGACUGCAGCAUGCUGUGCUCUGCAGCUGGUGAGAAGUCGGUGUUCCUGUGGAGCAUGCGGUCCUACACACUAAUCCGGAAGCUAGAAGGCCACCAGAGCAGUGUUGUCUCCUGUGACUUCUCUCCUGACUCUGCCUUGCUCGUCACAGCUUCUUAUGACACCAGUGUGAUUAUGUGGGACCCCUACACCGGCGAGAGGCUGAGGUCACUUCAUCACACCCAGCUGGAACCUCCCAUGGAUGACAGCGACGUCCACAUGAGCUCCCUGCGGUCUGUGUGCUUCUCUCCUGAAGGCUUGUACCUGGCUACAGUGGCAGAUGACAGGCUCCUCAGGAUCUGGGCUCUGGAACUGAAGACUCCAGUUGCUUUUGCUCCUAUGACCAACGGUCUUUGCUGCACAUUCUUCCCACAUGGUGGAGUUAUUGCCACAGGGACAAGAGAUGGCCAUGUUCAGUUCUGGACAGCCCCCCGUGUCCUGUCCUCACUGAAGCAUUUAUGCAGGAAAGCCCUUCGAAGUUUCCUGACCACGUACCAAGUCCUAGCACUGCCAAUCCCCAAGAAGAUGAAAGAGUUUCUCACGUACAGGACUUUCUAGCAGCACCCGCUGUCCUAACUCCUGUAGCAGAAGCAAUGCAAGGGACUGGCUAGGGUGGAGCCAGCCAGAUCACACUGGACCCGCUGUGGACCUUUCUCCCCACUGGCAUGUGCAAGUAGGUCUGAGUGAUGCCACUUGUGUGGUGCCAGCUUUACCUCGUCGUUGUCAUUGUGAGCAGCCUUGUCGGUCUCAUUGUCUUGAAGCCAGGUGCAGUUGUGGAUGUUGUUUGGGUAAUAAAUACAAGCAGGCUCCAGAGCCUGUCCAGUGGUGGCCAAGUCCACACUCCCUUCACUGGGAAGUGCCUGCCCAGUAGCACAGUGCCUGCUGCCCGUUUCUAGUCAGUGGCUGCAUGGUUUGAAGUUCCUCUGCUCUGGUCAGAGGAACGAACAUUGGUAUUUGGCACAUGCUUCUGGCCAGGACAUUCCUAUGGAACCAAGUUAUGUUACUAAGCUGCAGGUGGACUGGGCUGUGCUCUUCGCCAAUACACUAGUACUGGCUUUUAUUUUUCUUUAAACAGUGGUGUGCAUGUGUAGGAAAUGACAAGUACAUCAGAUCAUAUGAGGAGGUGUCCUCAACUGCAUGACGGUCAGAUAGAUGGCCAUUUAUCAGCAUCAUAUUUAUUUGUGUUUUCUCAGCAGAUAGUAAGGUACAACUGUGUUUUCUCAGUGGUCUUUAAAAACCAAGAGUUCUUAAGUGGCCCAGUUGUGAAGCCAUGUCUUAGUUGUGUGAAGUCAGUAUUGUCACUGGCUCAUGCUAUCAAGUGUGUGUGUUUGUCUCUGCUGCUUGACUUCAUGGGAUUCACCCUCCAGUUCCAACUGCCCUAAACAGAGCCCCUUCCAAGCACCGCUCUUCACCGGCGGCAACAGCUACCUAUUCAAGAUGCCUCACUCACACAGAAUCUGCCUUAGGAAAGUUAAUAUAUUUUAAAUUAUUUUAAAAGAAACAACACCUUACUCUUUGGCUUUUCUUAAUUGAUACGUUAAGGGGCAGUGUUAACAGUGUACAGUGUGUGUGUAGAGGAGUCUCCUCUAUCAUUUGAAGAAAACAUUGCAAAACGAAGCUUUCAUUGAAGGGAGAAAAGAGAACAAGAAAA